AACUCGUCAUCCUCUGAGUACGUCGCUGGAGCCAGAGCUAGCCCAGCUGACCGGAGGAAUAUUAUGUACUCUGCUGUUAAUUGUACAACAGACUGCCCAAGAAGCCACUGCUCCAGGUAUUUCGUGUGGAUCAUUUGUCCCACCUGAUGAUGGGGAGAGCUGCAGAGACCUGGGAAGCAUCCUCGGUGUGCUGGAAGUCUGUAGGCUUGACUGGACUGAUGUGGAAAGGCCUUCUCUCCUUUUGUUAUAUAUAACUAGCCUUUACACCCAUUACUAGAGCCUGAGAAGUUUUUAAAGAGUGCCUUGUUUGCUGCUCUGAUAUAAGUCUAGUUUAAACACAAAAGAAUGUGCACAUAUCUAAACUAACCUGUGGGUAAUAUCUGAAAGAAAGAAUGACCUGCACAGAGUAAUUAUUAAUCCUAAGUGGUAUCAUUAAUUAUGAUGUUGCAAACUCAGCUCUCAGAGCUGAUCGAAUGCAUAAAAUUAAUCAAAUCACUUGAAUAUUUAUCACUCUAUUUUUAAUUUCACGACCAUUUGAACCCCUUUAUUUUUCCAUUCAUAUGCAUUUUUAUCAUUUAAUAUUUAUUACUUUCCCCCCUCAUAAUGUUCAAGAAAUGAGUAUGAGAUGAUUUGAGUUUCGUGACAUGGUGCAUUAUCCUGCUGGAAGUAGCCAUCAGAAGAUGUGUACACUGUGGUCAUAAAGGGAUUAAAAUAAAAAUAAUUAAAAUAUGAGCAAAUAUAAUCUCUAUCAAACACAGGGAAUUAGAAACAAAGGCAUAUAUAUGGCUCCUUCAAAUUAACCUCUGGCUCUGCUGCACAGAGAUUUAUUUUAAAUAGCUUUUUCUAAAACGGUUGUGUAGGCAGACCUAAUGUAACCAAAAAGUGGUUCAGAUGUCAUUGGAUGUUGUUUACAGCUUGUUCUGCUGCCUCCAUGUGGCAAAAAAAUCUGGUCAUGUAUUCUAUUAUACAUUAUAGAAUAUAUCUGUGAAUGAUUAUUAAUUGAUUAGUAAUGUUUGCCUAUGCCGACUGCUGCUUCUCUGUUCCCUGGAAUUUUUAUGAAUGGCUCAGUCGCUAGUGUGUGUGUGUGUGUGUGUGUGUGUGUGUGUGUGUAUUUGGGUCUGCAGUGGCCUGUGAUGCUGAUGGAGGGGGAGGAAGAAGUAGAUGAGGAGAUGAGAGAUGUGCAAGGACUAGAGAAGCAGCGUGAUGGUCGGAGGGAAAAAACGGAAGGAGAAAAAACAUAGAUGGAGGAAACUAGACAAAAGGAAAUAAAUGAUCCCAUGGACAGAUGAGCCUACUCUACUGCUUUCACUCUGACUCAUCCCCCUCUCGCUUUCCAUUCUCACAUUGGUGCAUUCUGACUUCAUGCAUCAAUCGCCAUGGACACACACGCACACUGUGGCUCCGCCUUCUCUGCAGUGUAGCGACAGCUAGCGAGGGCAGCAAUGGAGGAGCCAGCAGUGCAGCAGGAAAAAAUGGAGGGAUCGUGGGAAGGAGGGAAUAAUGGAAGAAAGGCAGAGUGGAAAAAUGAGUGCUCUUUCUCCUCCCUCCUUAAACACUCCUGUCUUCUCUGCUGGUCGUCUCCCAGGGACACCGAUGUCGUGGAAACGGAUGAGAGAGUCCUUGCCAAGGCAGCCGAGAUCAGAGAGCUGGAGAAUGCAGUGGCGGUGGAGAACUUGGAGCUUCAGGAGCAGCAGUCGGACCGUAAGGAGCUGGAGGAGACCCUGGUUAAAUUAGAGAAACACAAAGAGAAGCUGAUACAGCAAAUAAAGGCAACAAGGCAGUUCUGCUAUGAAGAGAGUCAACAGCUCUUGUCUCUGCAGGCAGAGGAGGUGCAGAAGGAGAGCCAGGUGGAGGAGUAUGAGAGGGAACUUGCCAGAGCCAGGUGGAGACUGAGGAAGCUCAGAGAGGAGGUUAAGCAGGCCAAGAGGAAGGUGGAGGAGGCUGGAGACAGGAACACUCCUCUGCAAGACUCCAUCAGACAGUCCUAUGAAGAGAUCCUGCAGGAAGAACACACUCUGUGUUCUCUGUCAGGAAGUGCAGUCACUCCAGAAAGCCAGCUGGAGGAGUCAACAUCUCCAGCAGACACCACUGAAGAUGAUCCACUUCCUAUGAGGCCAUGGGGAAGGAGCCAAUCACUGCCUGCCUAUGCUGACCUGAUAAUGAGGGCAAGUGGCUCGUCUUUCUGCAAUAACCUAGCAGAUACCAGAGAAGAAGCAGACGACAGCGGGACCAGCUCGCCAAAGAUGGACAGAUCUGACAUAGAGGAUGACCCAGAGGAGGGGGAGAUCAACAAUAAAGGGGAAAAAGAGAGAGAUAUGGAAGAAUCCACUUUAAACCCAAACCCUCUCAGCCAACUGGACUUCUACCAAGCCGACCCCUUCACCCACUGUCAGAAUAACCUCUUCGACGAAGACCUGUUCCCUAAAACUGACUCAUCUGAUGGAUUCACUUCAGACCCUUUCAAAGGCAGUGACCCCUUUGCAGCAGAUAUUUUGUUCCCAGAGGUGAAUGUCUGCACCGCUGAGGGGUCAGGAAAUGUUGUUGAUGAGGCUGACACCAGUCUGUCCUGUGCUGAAAACAAAGCCUCAACAGGAACUCAGUGCUUUGAGUCUGAAUUCCCUGAUGAAGACAGUGACAUAGAGAUCAGCUACAGUCGAGAGGACCUGGAUGCCAUCGCUUUGAUUGAUGAUUCUUGUGGGUUUAAACCCAUUCAGAGCUCAUCAGAGGAGCUGGGGCCAGAACCCAUCCAAGGCUGGAAGUCCCAGAAUCAGUAUUCUGUAGAAUCAGAUCCUAAUGGGUAUGAGCUGGACCUUGGCACUGUCUCUCCUCCUUCUGACAUUGAAGAACACAGUAUGGGAUCUCUAGCUGGAGAUGCUAAUGCUGAGGCAACAGAAGAACUGGAACAAGGUCUGAUUUCUGGUUCCGCUCAGGCUGUCCCUGAGCUCGGCCAACAACUCCUGUCAGAACCAGAUUGGACAGGUGCUAUAGAGGAAACCCUGUCAUGUGAUGUUACUUCCAGUCAGGGGGCUGAUUGGGUUAGCAACAUUGAAGACAAACCCCAUAAUCCUGUAACUCCCCAAAACUCACUAGGCUCCCAGAGCAUCUUCAUCCAGCCCGAGUCAGAUCAGAACAGAGAACUGAGCUUUGAGUUUAGCUAUGAACCAACAAGUCAGUCUUCCUUUGACCCAUAUGGGUUUAAACUUAGUCCAGAACAUUCUAGUCACACCCUCUUAGACCCUGAUGAGGCAGAACUGAGUCCAGAACCCACUGAAAACGAUCUGAUCUUCGACUCAGUGCCCCCCUCUUCUCAACCAGACCAAUUGAAAUUUGAUCCAUAUGGGUUUGACAUCACUUCCUCCCAGAUGGUACAGGACUCUGACCCUUAUGGCUUUAAUCUCAGCCCUGAGGAAGAGAACCAAGAGAUACUGGACAUCUGUGGCCAUCAUAACCAGGAGGCAAUGGACCUUUGCACCUGUGACAACAAUGAGCAAGUAGAACACUCUAAAUAUAGCAAUCAGGAAGUACUGGAACCUCAUAACCAUGACAACCAAGAAGUGCUUGAACAUUGUAGCCAUAAUAACCAGAAACUGCUAUAUUUGUUUAACAAUGGAAACCAAGAAGUGUUGGAACCUUCUAGCCUUGACAACAGUCAGAUAGUUAGCAACGAAAACCAGGAACUUCUGGAUUUUUGUAGUGAUGAUAACCAGGAGGUGGUCGAACCCUAUCACAAUAUCACCAUUGAGGAACUACUUGAACCAUGUAACUAUGGUAACCAAGAAGUGCUGGAACCUUGUAGCCAUGGCAUUCGGGAACUGCUGGAUUUCUCCUGUCCUGAAAAUCAAGAAGUACUGGAUUUAGAUAGCCAUGUAAACCAAGAACUACUAGAUUUUGGUAGCAAAGAAAAUCAGGAAGUGCCAGUUUCAGGUAGCCACGGCAACCAGGAACUCCUGGAUCUUGGUAGGAAUGAAAAUCAGGAAUUGCUAGACGUAGGUAGCCAUGACAACCAGGAGGUGCUGGACUUGGUUAGUAAGGAAGUUUUCCCUGAAGCUAACAAUAACCAAUGUAUUGUGGAACCAGAGCUCAAUGUCAGUCUCACUAAUAACAGCUCAGACAGUGAUGUGGCAUCAGAAGACCUGCUGGGACUCGAGCUCAGUAACACCAGUAUCUGCACUCCCAACAAAACCAGUACCAGCACCAGUACUGCUGACAGCGUCAACAUUGCUGUCAGCAACAUGUCUAACCAGGACUUCGGUACAUCCAAUUCUCCCACCAGUCACAACUUAUUAGAAGGGGAUCUGGGUUCAGUGUUUGGGGCCGGAGGAUACAUCAGCUGUCCUGAUGUAGCUGACGACCUAGAGCCUCUGGAUAGAAGGCAGGCAAACCCAGUAGCAGAGCCAGUACGACCGGUCAGACCAGUUAGGCCUCCUCGGCCCUCACUCAGGGCCAAGGAGAAGGCUCAGUCCCAGACUCAGGACAUUGACCUGAAGUGAUCUCUCACCGACCAACACUCAUGUGGGGGUUACAGUGUCAGCAGGGUUCCCAUAACAACAUGGCAACACGAGAUGAAGAGGAUGCGGAAUGGACAGGUGAAUGAAGACCAAGGGGGUUGGACUGAAGGAGUGAUGACAAAAAAGAUAGGAGGGAGAUAUCAUUCUGCUGUUAUUUAUGGAAAUAAUUCUAGUUUCAGAUGUUUUUAAGUUUGCAGGUAUCAAAGGAAAAAAAGUAUGUCAGAAUAGAAAGAUGAGAAGUAGGCAAGAUGUAAAAACUACCAAGGCUGGCUGUCUCCACAAGAGACUGAUUACCAUUAAAGGUGGGGUAAGCGAUUCUGGAGAAAUCCAACACCAGGACAAAUACCAUGAUAGAGAGCGAACAAUGACACAGCAAGUAAGGGAACUAAGAUUAAGCAAACUGUUGUAGCAAACUGUUGCUACACUUGCUGCUGCAAAGCUAACAUGAUGCUAACAUGAAGCUAACAUGCAGACAGGACGAGACGGUCCCAGAGCAGCACAGCAACACCAGACAGCGAUAAUCACAACUCUGCUGCUGCUAUAGCUAACAUCACAACAGCGUGUCUUGGUGAACUAGAAAGUCUGAAUGAAAAACUGAAUGUCUGUGGGCAAGUUAUUUAACAUUAAUGACACACAUCAUGGCUGGAACGGCUGUUGUGUCCUUGUUUGCUUCCCAUUUACAGAGCCAGGGCUGAGUACAAACACCGCACACAGAAUGGACAGCUAGUGGACCAUGUGGAGAUACUGACUGAAUUUGACAAAAAGACGUGGAUUACAUUAGAAUCAUUUACCCCACCUUUAAGGAAAACUGUUUGGCUUAUGGCUUCAGUCUAUUUCGAGCGAUUUAUAAAAGUUGGAAACAACUAUAUUAAAAUAUUAACAUUCUUUCAGGGUGGUCUUACAUAAAAAAUAAUUUAUUCCAUAGUGUUUUUAUCCCAGGUGAUGCUUGUUAGUCAACCAUGAGGUUGAUAUUAUCUGUUAAUUGUUCACAAUAUUAGCUACCAACACACUCCUUUGUCCUCUCAGUUAAGCUUUCCAUUGUUUUUGACAAGUUUUGACAGGGCUAAUUGGCCCACUGUUACUCCUAAAGUCCACUGAAUCCACUGAGUUAUGUGGCCAUUAUUGUCAAUGCUUGUGAGUCCACUAGACGCAGCAGCAGCAGCAGCGUGUCCCAGAAGCGGCUCUCCACUCUGCUCCACAGAGAUGGGUAGCAGCUCUAUUUUUGACUGAUGACGUGUCAAGCAGCACAGAGCAGAUCAAACCAAGCAGGAAGUCAGACACAUAGAGAAUCCAGUCAAUUUUCAAAAUAAAACACCCUGUGGGGACUCCCGAUUGUAAAACAACAAUAACCACAGUUAAAACAGACACAAAAAGAAAUCAUUUAAUUAUGUAGCCUAUUUAAUCAUAGUUGAAACACAAAAAGCAAACAGUGGUUACCAAAUCAUCAAAAUCUAAACAUGCCAGCAAAAUCAGGCAGGCAAAAUGCUCUGAAUCUCAGAAAUGCUCCUUAUGGGAUAUACAGUGUGAAGUUGACGAAGCGAAACAUUGUCACGCAGAGCCGUGAAGAAGAUAGUAGAAGCACAAAAAUACAUAUUAAUAACAAGUCAAUAACGCUCCACUGCUGAAACGCUUCUGUGGACUAUGGCUAUGGACGCAUCAAAACCGUGGUGCAGCCGUAACACGCCAUAGCCAGAGUCAGUGGACUUAAGGAGUCAAAAUAAUCUUCCUUAUUGAGAUUUGAGUUUAGUGUUUAGCAUGUGUAAGUGGACUGUCACAUAGAUAACAUGUAUAAAAAUUAUAUACUCUGUUAUUGUGGUUUUCAGAUUACCUAGUCAAUUAGUAGUUUUAGGUCUAAAUUCAGUGAGAACUGUAGAGAGGGUUUGGUUGGGUUGUACAGUGAGUGUACUGUAGCAAAUAAAGCAAAUAACGUUAACUAAAUAAUAACAUCCUGCUGCCAGUAAAGCAAAUUUGAAUUGAACUGAGUGCACAUCUAUACCAUCACCAUGGUUACAUGUCCAGUGUUUUCAGUCAUCAGUUUCUUUAAUAUGCUGCUUAAAGAGUUGUUCACUGCCAUCUCUGGCUUAAAGUUUCAAGCCUGGCUCCCCUGAUGGGUGUGGUCAGAGGUGUGCUUUGUUGAAACUGUAAUGUCACCCAACAGUGAUGUCACAGCAUCCUGGACUACACCUGCAUCUCACUGCCACAAAGUGAGAAGUUAAACCACUAGAGGUCAGCAAAAACAACAUUUUCAGGGGAGCAGUAAACAAAUGAAACAUCACUUGGACAUCAAAGCUGAAAACUGUUAAAUCGCCUCUAUACUGCAUUUCACUACAUCAGUGUCCCAGUUCUACACCAUAUGCUAAUAAUAUUAAUUAAAAACUAUGCAUUAACGUUGACUGUGCAAAUUUUGAUAAUUAGUAUACAAGACAUUGAUUUUCUUCAUUGUUUGAUACUAACACAGAAGGAUAAGUGUGAAACUCCAACUUUGAAAGACUACUGCCAAUUUCAAAUAAGAAAACAACAAAUUAUAUUUUUGUUUUGUUUUAGUUUUCUGAGCCACAGCUAGACUCUUUUUCUUUCACUAAUUUACAAAAAACCUGUUGUGCUGCUUUGUGGAGCCAGUGAUGUGUAGAGGAAGUUUCAUCUUAAUGAUCGUUUAAACUGAACAUUUGUUCUCCAACAUGCUGCAGUUUUACAGAAAGGCUGCACCCCACAUCUUAACUA